ACAAAAGGCCAUCAUCUCUUUCGUUUCCCUCUUCACUUAUCGUUUCUCCUCCCAGUCUCGGUCUAGGCAAUCUCCACCAAUUUAGCAGAACAUCAACCCUAAAUUCAUCUUUAAAUUUCGCAGGUAUUUUGUCGGUGAACCACUGGAAUAGAAUUUCUAAGAUUCCGGAUUAAGGAACAGAAGAAGAAAUUUGCUAAUCUGUACACUGCAGAGCUUCGUAGUUUCAAUCCACCUGGAAAUUUUAUUGUAUACUAAUGAAGGAUAAAUGGGACCUCUGCCGAUGAGAUUCAUCGUCUGCGAUGGAGUUUAUUCGGAUUUUGAGACGUAAUGGUGUCUGGUUCCGGUAAUGAUCCUGUAGAAUCCUUCAUUAAUUCCUUUAACGCGAUUAAAGAAGCUCUUUCUCCACUUGAAUCCGGAAUUCGACAAGCCGCGAAAGAUCUUGAGUCCUGCUGGGCGGUUCCGACAACUGGUCUUAAUAGUCUCGAACUGUUCCCUCAGUUGAAUGUUUCUCACGAGAACAAUAGGACUCCGAGUUUCUCUCUGAGGAGGAAACAGUCAGAAGAUGCUGUUGUUGAGGAGGAAAGUUUGUCUAUAAGGGUUCCUAUCAAGACGUUCUUCGGAACCUUCUUUCCGCAAUCUGGUAAAAAUGGCCCUAGGAUUGACUUGUCAAAAAAAGGGUCUAAGGAGAAAGUCUUAGCUAAAGAGGAGGCUUCUCGUGUGAAUUGCUUGCACCUUGCGCUGUCAUGGUCUCUUCUGUGUAACGGUUUCGUCCAGUCAUUUCCAAGUCCAUUCAAGGCUGGGAGGAAGCGCGAGCAAAAACAGUUUGCCCAAGAAAACACCUACUCGAGUUCGUGCACGCAAUUAUUCUCUGUGGUUUCAUCUAAGCUGAAACAGAAUGGAAGCGGUGGCCUAUUUGAUGCACCAUUUCGAAACAAAUGCACGACAUCUAAGGAAGGAGAAAAUCUGUGGUUGGAAAUCCUUCUUGGUCUUAUAUUUGAGAGUUUGACUCAAAAUCUUAAGAACUUCGAUCUGGGUACCCAAGAGAGCUGUCAUAAGAGUUGUUAUCAAAUAAAAUCCUCGUCUUUUUCUCCCCCCUUUGAUCAUUUGGGGGCAAUUACAAGUUUACUGAAAGGAAGAAAAGCUGAAGUUGAUGGUUUUCUGGGAAAUCUGAAGUUUGCAAGGGUGGGUGGUGUGCCUCCAAGUCUGGUUGGAGUAGCUUCUGUUAAGGGAGAGGGUGAAGAUGGUGUCUCCACUGGAAAUAGGGAAGAAACAGAGAGCAAUUCACCUCAGAAGAUUGCAAAUGGACUGCUAAAUAUUCCGUUAUCAAAUGUUGAGCGCUUGCGGUCAACACUAUCCACUGUUUCAUUGACAGAACUGAUUGAACUUGUACCCCAGUUGGGAAGGUCAUCUAAAGACUACCCUGACAAGAAGAAGUUAUUCUCUGUCCAGGAUUUCUUCAGGUACACGGAGGCAGAAGGAAGACGGUUUUUUGAGGAACUGGACAGGGAUGGAGAUGGCCAGGUAACACUGGAAGAUCUUGAAAUUGCAAUGAGAAAGAGAAGAUUACCACGGAGGUAUGCUCGGGAGUUUAUGUACCGAACCAGAAGUCACAUAUUCUCAAAAUCAUUCGGGUGGAAACAGUUUUUAUCCUUGAUGGAACAGAAGGAACCUACCAUUCUUCGAGCUUACAACACACUAUGUUUAAGCAAGUCUGGUACUCUGCAAAAGAGUCAAAUCUUGACAUCCCUUAAAAGUGCAGGACUUCCGGCCAAUGAAGACAAUGCCAUUGCCAUGAUGCGCUUUUUAAAUGCUGAUAGUGAAGGAUCUAUUUCUUAUGGUCAUUUCCGCAAUUUUAUGCUUCUACUCCCUUCUGAUCGACUUGAAGAUGAUCCUCGAAGUAUAUGGUUUGAAGCUGCGACUGUUGUUGCUGUUGCACCACCUGUGGAAAUACCUGCUGGAAGUGUAUUAAAAUCUGCUUUGGCAGGGGGCCUUGCAUGUGCACUUUCUACCUCACUAAUGCAUCCUAUCGAUACGAUAAAGACUCGAGUACAAGCAUCAACACUCUCAUUCCCGGAACUUGUGUCAAAGCUUCCUCAAAUUGGAGUACAGGGACUAUAUAGGGGAUCUGUUCCAGCAAUUCUUGGUCAAUUUUCAAGCCAUGGGUUGAGGACUGGAAUUUUUGAAGCAAGCAAACUUGUACUUGUAAAUGUUGCUCCAACACUUCCAGAAAUUCAGGUGCAAUCUAUAGCAUCCUUCUGCAGCACAAUCUUGGGAACAGCUGUGCGGAUACCCUGUGAGGUACUGAAGCAGCGUUUGCAAGCUGGCAUUUUUGACAAUGUGGGAGAGGCUAUUGUUGGUACAAUGCGCCAAGAUGGCCUCAAGGGUUUCUUUCGUGGAACUGGUGCUACACUCUGCCGUGAAGUUCCUUUCUAUGUUGCUGGCAUGGGUCUCUAUGCUGAAUCCAAAAAGGCUGCUCAGCAGCUUCUGAGGCGGGACCUUGAACCUUGGGAGACAAUUGUGGUUGGGGCUCUUUCAGGAGGGCUUGCUGCGGUUGUGACAACCCCUUUUGAUGUGAUAAAAACAAGAAUGAUGACUGCUCCUCAAGGUCUGCCAGUAUCAAUGUCAAUGGUGGCUUUUUCUAUUCUCCGUCAGGAGGGCCCUCUUGGUCUAUUCAAAGGAGCAGUCCCUAGGUUCUUCUGGAUUGCACCUUUAGGUGCCAUGAACUUUGCAGGCUAUGAACUUGCAAGAAAGGCAAUGGACAAGAAUGAGGAGCCACAAGGUGAUCAGCUUCCUGAAAAGAAGCUAACCAACGCAGGUUAAAGAUCCCCAACAGCCUCACAGUUGGCCUUCUUUUUCGAAUGAUACAUGUGAGUUGUGCAACCUCUGGCAGGGAUUUUACAGCAAUGAGAGCAUCAUGUUGCUUCAGUUUUAUUUGUCGACAUCACCCUCUUCUUUUGAGACUUCUGAAUAGCUUGUAACUUUUUCAAGCAUUUUUGUAAUCCAUCAGUACUCGGCAAGAGCUUACAUUUUGGGCACUAAAUUUUGUAUAUUAACACAGCCCGAGUCACUGAGCAAGCCAAGGCUAUUACAUAUGCUUAAUCAGUUCUGAUAGAAUUUGAAAAACAAACUGCAAAUGAUGUUUUUCUUUUUUCUUUUUUUUUUCCCUUUUUGUACAUCGCGCAGUUGACCAUACCAUACUUUACAAUUUUAUGGCGAUGUUCUUUCGUCUUUUGUUUUGAGCAAGUUAAA